UUGUAAAAUUCAUCUAGAAAAAUGGAUUCUCUGAAGGAAUUUCUUCUCCCCAAACGAUUCAGCGUGUAUGGAUACAUCGUUGCUGUAUUCAAUGUAUUGGCUGGAGUCAUUGUUACCUUUAUAACGGGUAUUAAAUCGACUGAAAGACGACAAUUUCAAUGCAACAGCCGUGGUAUUCUGGCUGACAAGGACUUCUUGACUACGAAGUGUUUUAAUCAGUACAGUCGAGAAUACAAUGCUUCUCUACCGCUGUAUGGCUUUGCAUUUGUGACUUUUACUAGUUUAGUUGUUGUUUGUAUUAUUUAUUCUUGGUGUUGUGUGAAAUCUCGAGUGGAACAAAUCGAACAAGAACUGACACCAAAUCAAGACAACCAGCGACAUCCAAUCAGGAGUCGCCGUAUUUAUUUCUUUUAUUUGUUCCAGUUGCUUGUACGAUUUGGUUUUGGGGUCUUCUUUGGAAUGUUACAAUUAACGGGACUUUAUCCUUCGAAUUUCCCUUCGCAAUUCCAGUGUCAAUGGAAUUCCAAAGGAACAAGUAACGCAAACUUAAAUGUAACGCAUUCUAAUUCAUCGUCAGUAAAGUUUAUUAGCUGUCAGAACUCAUUUGCUGCAGAGAAAACUAGUUUGGCAAAUGUUAUAUGGAUACUGCAUGUAAUCUUUGCAUGUCUUGUGUUGCUGGAAGUGUUUUGUCUUCUUGUAAGAGCUAGACAUGACAAGACUUUUAUGAGAGACUUAGAAUUUUGUCGGGGGCAUAUUUUCAACAGUCAAAGAACUCCUUCAUCGCGAAGAAAACUUGUUGCUCGGAUAUUGGAACGGACAGAGCAUCUUGAACCGCUACUACCGACAGAUCCAACUGAAGAUGACAAUAGGAGAGCUAUAGACGAUGUUUAUGUCGAACUUGUUAUGCAUUCUGGUCGAGUCACGCAUGACUUUGACAUGUCAAAAAAGAGACACGAACUCUUAGACGUCUAUCUUAAACCACCAGAAACUUCGGUUAAAAUAAAUAACGUAAAUGAACUUUUUGUUUCUGACAACAAAUCUUAUCGAAAUAUUCUUAUCGUCGGUCGUCCAGGAAUCGGAAAGACUUCGUUAUGCACGAAAAUCAUACGCGAUUGGUGCAAAGACAGAAAGAAUCAAUACGAGUAUGUGUCGUUAUGCACGAAAAUCAUACGCGAUUGGUGCAAAGACAGAAAGAAUCGAUUCGAUUAUGUGUUCUUGUUUCGAUUUCGACAUUUGAAUGAAGAAAGAUUCAAAAAAAUAUCACUUCUGAAAUUUCUCAACGAAGCAGAACACUCCAUGAAUAUAGACCCAGCUAUUUURCGAAACAAAGCGAAAUCAAUGUUGUUUAUCUUUGAUGGUUUCGAUGAAUAUAAGUAUGGUGAAAACUUGAUCAAAGACAAGUUGAAAUUCAGUGCGUUAAAUGGAUUGACAGAUGAAAUGCCCAUAACUGCUGUUUAUGCAAAACUUUUACAGAACAAACUACUACCUGGGGCCACAAUUGUGACAACUUCAAGGCCAAAUGCUUUAGACACUCUGAGAAUGUUAAAGGAACCAUUUGACAGAAUUGCUGAAAUUUUGGGUUUUACUCCAGAAAAAGUCAAAUCGUAUGUUCACAAGUUUUGCAAAGAUAAUGAAACCACAGCAAGCAAGAUUUGGCAGCAUAUAGAAAGCAAUGCCAACUUAUUGUAUCUGUGUUACAUUCCAGUAAAUUGCUGGAUCGUCUGUUCUAUGUUAGAUAAUUUCAUUAAAAGUCAUAAAAGCAGCUUGGAUACUUUGGUUCUACCCACCACUCUUACUGACAUCUACAAAGGAGCAUUGCGGCUGUUUCUGUUCAAGCACAAUCCAGAAUAUCAACAGCAAAUUUCAAUCAGUGACUAUACCAAUGAUACAUUUUCAACCACAAUUGAGGAAGUUCUGUCCAAACUAGGAAAACUGGCAAGGAAAGGAAUGGAGGAGAAACGACUGGUUUUUGAGAUGGAAGAAGUUCGAGGAUUGGAAAACUGUGGUUUACUCAACUGCAUGCCAAGUAAAAAUAAUCCUGCAUUUGGAUAUGCUCGAGCUUCACAAUAUUGUUUUAUUCAUUUGACACUUCAAGAAUUUCUUGCUGCCAGAGAAAUUGCAAAGACAAAUGACCUCAAUGAAGUUGUUCAGUUUAUCAACAAUAAUGCAACCAAUGCUAACUGGCAUCUUGUAAUUCAAUUUCUUGCAGGAUUAUUGCAAAGACAUGCUUUUGAAGUUUCCCUGUGCUUUGAAGAGAUACUUUGCAAGUCUUUGAUCAAGAAGGUUGAUGCAGGUCUAGCUUUGCUGAUGUUCAAAUGCUUUUAUGAGCAGAACAAUGAAGAAGUUGCAGCUAGAGCUGUAACUAAACUUGAAUCUGAUAAAGAAUUCACUGGUGAAAUAGAACUGUCAGAUUGUGAUGUGACUCUUCCUGAUUGUACUGCUAUUGUGUUUGUUUUGAGGUUCUGUGAGACUCAUCUUUACUCACUGAAGAUUUGUGAAAAUGACAACUUUGGUGAUCAUGGCUGCUCAGAACUUGUCAAGAUAUUCUGCAGUGAAGUGAGUAAUUUGGGCAACCAUGACACAUUCAAUAAAACUGAUGAAGACAUCUGUAUCAGUCAGACAAACCAUGGUGAUGAACUGAAAUGUGGAAACUGCUAUCUUACCCAGUUGAAGUUGUCCAGUAAUGAAAUAACUGAUCAAGGUGUAUUGCACCUGAGUGAUGCACUCAAAAGUGAAAACUGCCAUCUCACCCAGUUGGACUUGUCCCGGAAUGAAAUAACUGAUCAAGGUGCAUUACAUCUGAUUGAUGCACUGAAAAGUGAAAACUGUCAUCUCACACAGUUGAACUUGUCCCAGAAUGAAAUAUCUGAUCAAGGUGUAUUACACCUGAGUGAUGCACUCAAAAGUGAAAACUGCCAUCUCACCCAGUUGAAGUUGUCCGGGAAUCAAAUAACUGAUCAAGGUGUAUUACACCUGAGUGAUGCACUGAAAAGUGAAAACUGCCAUCUCACCCAGUUGAGCUUGUCCUGGAAUCAAAUAACUGAUCAAGGUGUAUUACACCUGAGUGAUGCACUCAAAAGUGAAAACUGCCAUCUCACCCAAUUGAACUUGUCCUAUAAUGAAAUAUCUGAUCAAGGUGUAUUACACCUGAGUGAUGCACUGAAAAGUGAAAACUGCCAUCUCACCCAGUUGGACUUGUCCGAUAAUCAAAUAACUGAUCAAGCUGUAUUACAACUGAAAAAUUUAAGUAACCUUAACAUAGAUUUAUAAGUAGCAAUCACAAAAAACGGAAAAACAUGGAUCAGGCAAUAUUUCUAUUUUCCAAGUUAUUUUUAAUUAUUAUUAUGAUAUAAAUGAUACAAACGAAACAUUCAAUACCCGCGUCUUUCUUCAGCUCCUCUUUUAAUACAAAUUAGCACUACUUAGAUUUUGUACAUCUAAUAAUCAUGUGAGUUACACUUUAGCGUACUACAAUUUAUUAGUCUUAUUUUGUACUUUUUUCUUUUACGAUCAUUUCGUUGUAUUACACAUUAUCAUGUGAUUUUAAGUCACUUAGUGAUUUAUCAGUUUCUAUAAUUGAACUGCAUGCCUGUAGAUUAUUUACAUCGAAAGUAACUAGACCCUCUUAGAGCGUCAACUCGGGCGAGCUAUUUUUGAACAUUGAGAAAGACAUCUGUAAUACAUGAUUGGGCGAACAAGUGAAAGGUUUUAAUGAGCUCAAUUUAAAAAUAUACGCAGUCUAGGACUGCAUGUGACUCAGGCAUAAGAGACAGGAUAGGAACGUAGAGAUCUAGAGUACUAGGACAUAAGACAGAGUGGAAUUUGUUUCCUUUAAAUUAUUCGCGAAAUAGAGAUAAAUAGAGUAAACGAGGAUUUUUAGGACCUUAUAAUUAAAAAGGAAUGACCAAUGCCUGACUAGGUAGAUGCUCAUACAUAGAGUGCACGCAAUAUGUAUGUGAAAUAUCAUCAAAGUUUUUAGUGACUAUAUAGUCGUUAGUUAUUAGUCACUAUCGCCCAACCAGAACAAAUGAAUGAACUGUUUCUUCAAUAAAGAAUGAACAAAUAAACUAAUUAAAGCUUUUGUUCAGACUUCGUCUCGUGGAUCUACAACAAUCCAGACGAUUCGAUGACCCAACUGUGGUAAAUAAG